UCCACUAGAAAGUAUCUCAGUCGAAAUUUCAUUAAACUGCUGGUCAUGUUCCUACACCGGUUAAGUGUUUCUCUUGCAUUGGUCUGGUGGGUGUCUGCUGAUGAAGAUGUACUCCUAUGCAAAUCUGAAGAUUAUGCGAGACCUUAUUCUGUACUUUUUGAAAAGUUUGGUUUAUUUGAGAAUAACAGUAUGUUAAAGUACUUAAGAGCUUUAAAUAACUAUAUCAAUGCCACCAAGGUUUAUGUGAACCUGCUUGUGACCUCCAUCACAGAUGUGAAUGAAAAAGCUCAGAGCAUUUCAACACAAGUAACACUUUUAACUUCUUGGGACACAGACAUUUGGUGGAGCUUCUCAGAUUUUUGUGGCAUUAAAUCCUUUGCAGUUCCAAAAGAUUUGUUUUGGAUUCCAGACAUUGUUUUUGCAGAAAGCAUCAAGACGGAGUUUGGAGCAAACGAGUCUCCGUAUUUGCAGUUACAUUCUAAUGGUGUUAUUGUCAAGUUGGAUAUGUUAUCUCUGACCACAGUCUGUAAGAUGGACCUGUACAUGUUUCCAUUCGACACACAAAUCUGCAGUCUAACCCUUCAAUCUUUAGUCUAUGAAGAUCAUCAGCUAAUAAUUUCUCAGAUCUCUUCUUCAGAAUACCUUACCUUGAAAUCUCAGGAGACCUUUGAGACUGAGGGAGAGUGGGAAUUGCUCUAUAUAAAUAACUCUGAAACUGAUUUGAAUUCUUGGUGGCUAAGCAGAAGUCACAUGACAUUUCAGAUCUUUAUCAGAAGGAGACCUCUGCUGUAUAUCAUUAACUUAAUUUUUCCAGUAUUUUGUUUCCUUGUGCUGGAUUUGGCCUCCUACUUCAUAAAUGCAUCUGAAGCAGAGAAGCUGGGCUUUAAAGUGACUUUACUGCUGUCUAUUUCUGUGUUACUGCUGAUUCUAAAUGACAAGCUGCCAUCUACUGCCAGUAAAAUCCCACUGAUUGGGAUGUACUGCGGGGGGAUUUUCACCCUUAUUGGCCUAAGUAUUUUGGAGACCAUAUUUGUGAAUUAUCUGAUUACUAAAGGAGAAACGAUCAAACCAGAAACUGCGGCAACUACUCGAGAUGGGAUUUACUGUGGUGGGAUUUUCACACUAAUUGGUCUUAGUAUUCUGAAGACCAACUUUGUGAAUUAUCUGAUUGCAAAAGGAGAAAAGAUCAAAUCAGAAGCUGCGGAAACUGCUCAUGAUGAGUUACUAGUGGAACUGAAGAGCCAACAUCUACGGAGGACACACAAAAGAAAGUUUCACUAUGGACCAGAGCAGCAAGAAUUAUAGAUGUCACCUUCCUUGUUCUUUACAUAAUCACUGUUAUUGUGUUUCUGUCUGUCCUUGGCAAGGCUUGGUUUGUGUUUAAAUAACCUCUUUCAACCUUUUAAGACAUUUACCCCCUGUGUUUUAUCUAAUUUUAUCCAUGCCCCUAUCCACUCCACCUCACAUCCAUAGCAUCUUCACCUCUCGCCUCCCUUAGAAUGGGUAGGGGGUCAGUCUUUGUAUGCCAAUCUAUUAAGACAGGUUAGUUUAUUGUCAUUUUGCUGCCUAAUUUACUUUCAUGGGAAUAGGACAACUAGUAAAUACUGCUGCCCAUAACCACAUUUUCUCAUUUCUGUAUACCAGCAAGCACCAUCACCGACUGAGCAAUCAGAUUCCCCAUCUUUUGUGCUAUUGUAAAUGGAGUUGAAAAAUGAGAAAAAUUUUGACAACACAUUACAACACAGGAAAAUCCCCAGUGUUAAAUUAACUCUACCAGUGUUAAAUCAACACUAUUUGGUGUUUAUAUAAUCCACACCAAGAUCGGUGUUAAAAAAGACUGGUGUUAAAAAUAUAACUCUGAAUCAGUGUUAAAGUUAAUGAGAUAAUGAAGUGAUGAUUAAGACUUAAUGCUGGUCAUUCCGUGUCAAAUCAGUUACAUUUUGGAAAUGUUCCUGUCUCUACAUUUUUAUUUUGAUGACUGUUUUCUGGAGAAAUGAAUACUAAAAUGAUAAAGAAAGACAAAUUACUAAAUGCAAUAGAUGAAUACUGUUAGGUGUAUGCCUCCAAAAGCUGCAAUCUUUCACAUUUGCCUCUCUAUCAUCAUCUCUGUUUGAAAAAUAAAAUAACAACUUGCAGAGUUAUUUUCUAAAUGGAUAAGUUUAACUUCUAAACAGCUGUCAGAACAAAAUACAAGUGCUCAACUAUUCCAGCAUCCACACACGUGAUUUAGUAGACAAAUCUUCUUUCUGACAUGAUGUAAUCACAGAAUGUAUCACAUUAAAUCUUAAGUUUGUGUUUGUUUUGGGUUCAUUUGAAGUCACCAUUAUUGUGAUUAACGUUUCCUUUAGUUAGGCAUUUGUCCGUUGACCUUCACAGAUCUAACUCUCCUCUUUUAGCAAUAGCAACAGUGUUUUAAUAAGAUUACUUGUUUGUUGUGUAGCUCAGUAGAGAUUGUUUAUUUUUAUUGUACACUACAU